AUGCUGUUGCGGCUCGUUGUGUACGUAGAUGACGCGCUCCUCCCGUUGGAAUUGGAGGACGCGUGCGUUUGUGUCUCCAGCAUGCUGGAGCUUGCCGUCUACCUGAAGAACACGCUGCAGCGUCCCCCGAGGGUUAUUUUUUACUGGAACUUUGGGCACAAUCGAUACGAGCUGCUGACCACGCUGCAAACACUCGUGCAGCACUAUGCCGGCGGCGAUGCGGCUCACGGCGCGGCGGAGAACUCCGUCGUGCCGGCACACUUGUGGGUGGAGACGCGGUCGCUCCAGCUCGUCCCUGUAGACCCGGACGUGGAUGUUGCAGAGUACGCGUAUCUCGUGAAGCAUGUGCGGCGUGGGGCGGGGAAUAAGUACGUCAUAUUUUUGCUUCAGAAUGCGUUGCGUGUGACCGAACCGAGCCUGGAGCGUUUGUUUGACGAUGUGCGUGGGACACGGCUGUACGGUAGCCCGGGCCGCGUGGAGUUGCUGUACUACGCAAACAAUUCUCUUAGUAGCAGCGAGGUGCUGCAGCGCGGGUUUGACCGCGGGGGAGGGAGCGGUGGUUGGGCCAUGCCGCCGCUCAAUUCCGCCCCGGCACCCACGGCGGGGGUGCAGCCGCCGCCUCCGUUCGUCUUCACCACCUCCAUGAAGGACCAGGACGACAAGGAGGUCUUCCCGUCGGAGCCGCACAAAGUUCUCCUGUGCGAAGUCGCCCUGGGCCGCGUGUGGCCGUCUGACGUUCCCUUUUCGAAGAGCCUGGCGCCGCCGCCACCCGGCUACGACAGCGUGUGCCAUCGGGUGGUGAGGGACGACGGGGUCGUUGUGAAGGCGGUUCGCGUUGGGCGGGACUUUCAGGCGCUGCCACGCUACGUGUUGACGCUUGUCGCGAAAAAACGUAACCGCCGGGGCACGCCGCCCCGUGAGAUUUACUUAUCCCCCGACAUCCCGCCCAGUCCCGCCACGCGCCGCCGGACGGGGAGCGUCGGUAGCGAGGCCUUUGCGGGUGUGCAGAAUAAUUCGCUUGCGCAGGGGCAACGGAGAAGGUCCGGUUCGGCGCCGCUGCUGAUGAAUGGACGGCAAACGCGGUUGUCGUCGCGCCCCACCGACGUCACGUGUGCGGUGCACGUCGGGACGCUCCUGGGACUCUGGUGCUCGACGUGCGGGCGCGUCAUAUGCCCGUAUUGCGCCUCCGUUGGCGACCACCGAGGCCAUGAGGUGGCCAGCGUGGAGGGCGUCGUGGGUGACAUGCGAGGGAAAGUGGGUGGUGUUUGCCAGGAGCUUUCCGCGCAGCUGGAGAAAUGCCAGCGCGUCGAGGCACGCCUGAAGUCGCAACAAACUGAGCUGUUGGAGCGGCGUGACGAGGCGGUGGCGGGGGCGGAAAAAGCCUUUUCCGGCCUGCACCGCCUUAUAGACAGCAAACGAGAGGAAUGGCUUGCACGCCUGCGGGAGCAAACCGCGUGCCUAGACGAGCCCCUCGCGGAAGUGGGUCGUAUCGUGCAGCAAUACAUGCGGACCAUGCAGGCGUUGAGCGAUGCCUGGGAGCGGGCCGGCGGGGAUCCCACUUUCCCCGCAGACUCCGAGGCGAUUGCGCCUGCCGCAGUGGCCAGUGCCGCGUACUUGCUGGCGACACCCAAGCUUCUGGGCGAGGCGCGUCGUUUAGCGGGGAAGGGCCAUGACGCGGAGUUGGCGCUGGCGACAAAUGCGUCUGCACAAAUUUGGACCAACGAGGCUGCGCUUUUCCACCUUGACUUCGCAGCCGUGCGCCAGAGCAUCGAACAACUUCUUCCUGAAAAGGGCGCGGGCCAAUUGGCGGGGUCUUCGCUUCCGUCUAUGCGGAGGAAGUCGACACGUCUCCUGUCUCCCUCAAGGGAGUUUCUAGACGGCAGCCCUGAGCGACGCACCGUCGCAGGCUCCCCGACGUCGUUGUUGCUGCAGCGGACAGAUGGGACGAUAGAUGAGUUGCCCUUUGACGACUGCUCCGUGGAUACCCACAACACGGCACGACAGCAAUUAUUUAUGCGGCAUCUCUCAGAUGUUCGUCAGGGGCACGUUUGGUGUGUGCCCAAUGCAAGUAAGUACUUUCAUCAUGAGCAGCGGCGAGCCGUGUGCUCUGGGACAUUUGAGCUCAUGGGCCUUGAGUGGGAACUGCGAAUUCAGGCCCCGGACGCGCAGGUGGGGUGUGGCCCGUAUAAAGGUCAAGCCAGGCAUGCUGGCGAGGCGGAGCCUGUCGGGAUUUUCUUGUAUCCGGUCGGCCACACACAGCGCCUGGACUUUCGUAUUUCUAUUUUUUCAGCUGUGUUUUGGGCGGAAUGGACGGUCACCGGCUGGACGGCGUCGUUUGCAGGCAAGGGGUGGGGCAUCUACCCCUUGCUGCCGCGUCGGGAGCUGAUGCAGACGGAUCGACUGGCGUGCAACAACACACUGAAGAUAUGCUUGGCACCCACAAGUGGCGUCUAUUAG